AUGUCAAGAACAGGAGUAUUAGUAAUGGGUCCAGCUGGGGUUGGUAAAUCCACAUUCUGUAACUCAAUAAUAUCUCACAUGCAAUCAAUUGGAAGAAGAGCUCACAUUGUAAAUUUGGAUCCAGCAGCAGAACCAACAGAAUUUGAAUUCACAAUAGAUAUAAGAGACUUGAUUAGUUUACAAGAUGUAAUGGAAGAAAUGGAUUUAGGUCCUAAUGGUGGAUUAGUUUAUUGUUUUGAGUAUUUGUUACAAAAUUUAGAUUGGUUGGAUGAUGAAAUUGGUGAUUAUAAUGAUGAAUACCUAAUAUUUGACAUGCCUGGACAAAUCGAAUUGUAUACUCAUAUUCCAGUAAUGCCAACUAUAAUACAACACCUAAAGCAAGCUUUGAAUUUUAAUUUAUGUGCUUGUUACCUCUUAGAAUCACCUUUUAUUAUUGAUAGUUCUAAAUUUUUUAGUGGGACAUUAUCUGCAAUGAGUGCAAUGAUUUUACUUGAAUUACCACAUAUUAAUAUUUUAUCGAAAGUAGAUUUAAUCAAAGAUGAAGUAUCACAAAAGAAACUUAAACAAUUUUUAAAUCCAGAUCCUUAUUUAUUAGCAAAAGAAGAAGAUGAAAUUAAUCCAAAAUAUAAAAAAUUAACUACUGCAAUAGCUAAUUUAAUAGAUGAUUUUGGUAUGGUUCAAUAUUUACCACUUGAUUGUUCAAAAGAUAGUAAAAGUGUUGAACAUAUUUUGAGUUAUAUCGAUGAUGUUACUCAAUGGAGUGAAGCUCAAGAACCUAAAGAGCCUAAUGAUCAAUUGGAAAUUCCCGAUGAAGCUUUUUGA